AUGGCCGACCCAGGGAGAGCAACUACAAGUCAACAUCUGCAGCGCCUCAACGGCGCAAUUGAGGAAAUCGAAGAUGUGCGUACCGGAUGUGAGACAAACCUCAAGAAAACGACGCAGGCUCUGCGUUAUCUCCUAGAGGAAAACAAAGCCUUGAGGGCGGAGUUGAAGGUUGUUGUGGACAGGUUGGCCUUCGUGGAGGCAGUCAUGGACAUUGAGGAAGAGGGAGGGAACGAAGACAGGGCAGAGAGAGCGGGCAUAGGGACAGGCGAGGGCACAGGCGAGGACACAGGCGAGGGCACAGGCAAUUUGGCGUCGGAACCAGUCCUGGAUAGCAAAGCGAACGUGGUCAACUUGACAUAUCUGCGUCUGUCGGGCGUUGAGAAACUAGUCAAAAGAUACUUACCCGACUAUCCUGGUGAGGAUGAAGAGUGGCCACUCGACCCAGCAACCGGUCAGAGGUACCUAUGCUGCAAAUGGAAUGCAUCUGCAAGAGAUCGCGUCAACACGGAGGGCCUUACGGCACUCAGAGAUGCUGUUCGGGCGUCCGGUGCACUGUGCAAGAUUCUCGAUGCUCACCUUGAUGCACGGUUUGCAGCCAAGUUCGGAUACAUGGCGCGCGAGUACAGGACUUAUCGCAAGGAGCAAGCAGUCCAGGUGGGGCAGGCAGGCGAAGGUGGGGCAGAUGAUGAGGAUGCCUUCGGACCAGACCAGGGAGAGGAUGAGGACGCUGUAGAAGGGGAGACAGAGGCAGCGCGGCUGCAACGCAGUAUCCGGCGCACCCGUGCAGUUACUGUCGCUAUGCAGCGGGAGAGGAAGGCCAAGGGCACUGCAUGGGACGACCCAAGAUAUGCAGGCGCCUUCUUGGUGAACGCACAAUCAGAUUACGAAGACGAAUUCAAGGAGGGAGAUCGUCCCGCCGGCGUACCUGUGAAAAGCCUGAACCAGAGUCGACAAGUCUGCUUCAACGGUGAGAUCCAAGAGAGCCGGGGCAGGUGGCAGAGAGGCCACGACAUCGUCGACAGGGCUCGGUGA